CAGGGCAGAGCAGUAGUGCUGGAAGUGAAGGAGGAGUUCUCCCGGAAAAUCCCCGCCUGAUUACGAUCAGCAGGAAUAUUGGCUUGCAAAUUAGCGGAGUGGGACUAGAUUUUGAUGCUCCCAAUACAUUUGCCCAGUCACUCGCUUCUAUCCGCGCAGUUCAGCUCGACGCGCGCAGUGCCCAGAAUUCCUUCGAGCGCGGAGGCCACAGUCACACGGUAGUAGGCAGUAGACGCAACAAUGGACGCCAACCGCGCGCGCGUACUGGAGCUCGCGGAGCAGGGCGACUGGGACGAGGUGCUGCAGCUCGUGGAGGCCAACGCGGCGCUCGCGCAGGCGCAGGACGACUUCGGCAUGCUGCCGCUGCACUGGGCGUGCACGGAGCCCUCGGUGGGGCUCGACGUCGUGUCGGCGCUGCUGCGCGCCUUCCCCGGGGCCUGCCAGCUGGAGAACCUCUCGGGCAUGCUGCCGCUGCACGUGGCCAUCAAGGCCAAGGCGCCUGGGUUGCUGAUCAGCGCGCUGCUGGACGCGUACCCGCAGGCGGCGCUGGCCAAGGACGGCGGCGGCCGCUACCCUGUGGACUUGGCCAUCGACAGCAGCCUGCCGAACUUCUCCAUCGACCUCAUCCGCAAGGCGGGCGCGCGCGCCGUGUCCAAGCUGCACGCGCGGUCCGAUUCCAUGGACGACUUGACCAGCGUCAGCAGCAGCCGCGGCGGCGGCAACAACCAGAGCGAGGACGAGGAGGAGGACGACGACAUCCCGAUGCUCAUGAAGACGAGGAAGCUGUCCACCGUGUCCUCGUCGAUGGACCCCGUGGACUCGAGCACUAUUUCCUUGCAGCUCAAGGAACUACUUUCCCAACUACACCAGCUGAGUGUAGACAUCCGCGUGAACAGCACGUCGUCUUCGGGCUCGACGUACCGCAGCUCCUUCUCGAGCACGUUCUCCUCCGGCGGCGCGGACGGACUGACGUCCGUUCUCUGGAACCCGAGCGACCGCUUCGGCAUCGUGCUGGAGCCGGCGGUGAAAGACCUGGGCGCCAGGAUAAAGGGCUUCGCGUCCCGCAGCGAUGUGCUGGGCAUCGAGGCGCUCGCAGUCGGCGACGUGCUGAAGAACAUCAACGGCGCGUCCGUCGUGAACACGUCGUUCGCGUCCAUCAUGCGCUUCCUCAAGCACUCCAAGGGUACGUGCAAGCUGCGCUUCAAGAGCGCGGCCGACACGACUGCCGCGAGCAAGUGCAGCACGGGCAGCAACCCUGCCGCGGAGCAGGACAACGCCAUGUACUCCAAGGUGGCCGAGAUGCUCGAGACGACGCUCAAGAAGGUCUCGGCAGUCGAGGAAACCGUGCGUCUCAGCUCAGCCAUGUCGCUGUGCACAUGA